AUGCUCAAUCAGAAUUGUGGAACAACAUUAGUUUCUCAAUUACUCGAUUCAAUUGAUGGUCAUUUAAAAAACGUUCAUUCACCAAUGGAGCAACGAUUACAAGAUCAACAAUCACCAGAAUAUGAAAUGUCUGUUGAUAAUCCAGAUGAUGAUGAACUUUGGCUUAGUGGUCAUCGAUCAAUAUUUUCAUCAUAUGGAAGUUAUUGUCGUAAAACAGCACCACAAAUUCGUGAUAGUCAAUAUGAAGGUUUUCAUUGGGAUUUAUAUGAAGAUCGUAAUUAUCAUCAUCUUGCAUUUGAACAAGAUCAACAUGAUACUCCACCAACAUGUCAAGCAACAAGUCUUUCAGAAUGGUCGAUGCGUUUAAGUUCAGGUAUUAAUGGUGGUGAAGGUGAUACAGAAGAUGAUGCCGAUGUUGAAGGUGAUGAUACAACAUCAUCAUCAGAUCCUCCACGUACAUCAUGGCAUGCUAUAAAAUCUAAAUCUAUUCAUCGAAGUAGUUCAUCAUCUGCAAAUACAUCUGAUGGUAGUGAACAUCGAUCACGUAGUCCAUUAACAUUAUAUCGUUUAUUUCAACGUACAAGAUCUCAACAACAUCCAUGUCGUUUAUAUCAAAAUUUUAGUGAUAAAAGUAUGUGUGAUUCAUUAACAUCAUCAUCAUCAUGUUCAAAUAUAAAUAAAUUAAAUGAAACAAAUAAAAAAGAACAUAAAAUACCAAUGCCAAGAUUUAAAUUAUUAAGUCCCACAACAUUUUCACAAUUAAAAUUAAAUAAAUCAAAUAGUCAUAAUGAUUUUCUUUCAUCAACAGAACAGUUAUCAACGGAAAGUAAAGAAGAAAUCAAGGCUUCUAAUCAAGCCGUUAUACCUCGUCGUAGUGUUGAUCAAUGUCUUCAAACAUCUAUACAUAUUGACAAUACUCCUUUAUGUCAACCAUCAUCAACACGUCGUUAUAUCCCACGUUCGACUUCUCGUCCUCUAAAUACAGACAAUCAUUAUUUACAAACAGACAAUAUAUCAGUUACUCGUUCGAAAAGUGUUGAUCGUUCAUUGAAUAAUGAUAUUAAAAACUCAAAUUCAAAUAAUCCUAGUCGACCAUCAACAUCACAUCGAUCAUUACCAACAAUAUCAUCUUUACCAGAUCUUAGUUUUCUUACAUAUUAUGCGAAAGAAAAUCCAGCUCCACCACAACUUCCAUCAUCAACAUCGACAAAUCAAACAAAACAUUAUUGUUCACGAAUGAAAAGCACAUUAUCGGAACCAUCAUCAUUAACAAAAAAAGCCACACGUACUGUAUUUUAUUGUAGUAUUAAAGUACCAUCUGCAUCAUCAUCGUCAUCUAUUUCUAUGCGACCUAAAACACUUCAUCCACCUAUAUCAACAAUACAAAGACCACGAACACUUAAAGAAAUUAAACGUAUUAAAAGUAUUAAAACAAGCCCAACAAUGAUGGGUAAUAGUCCACUUCGCGCCUUACCACUUAGCCCAUCUGUUCCAUCAAAUGUUGAUAAUCAUAUAAAAGAAGAAGAAGAACAUGCAACAUUUUCAUUAACAUGUUCAAGCACAUCAACAAGUGCAAAUAGUACAUCAAGUAGUGGCUAUUUUAGUAAUAGUUCAACUAAUCAUCCACGUCAUAUUCAAACACCUAUAUCAUCAUAUCCACUUAAAUCAUGUUUAAAACGUGCUAAAACUGAAGAUUUAACAACUACACCAUUAACACUAGCUCCAACAACAACAACAGCCAAUGUUCUUGCUGUUGGAGCUGCUGGUGAUAUAUUUACAUUAGCUGCACGAACAUUAGCUGCUCGACUCGGUGAUAAUACUAUAGAAACAUCACGUCAUCGACGCUAUUCUGCACCAACUAUAUCUUCACAUCAACAAAAUUUUUCUAUACAAUUACAAACACGACAAAAAGGGUGUACAUUAUCUGAACAUGAUCUUCGUGCUAAAAAAAGUGUUAGCUUUUGUGAUGACAUUGCACGAAGACUUAUUACACCAUCAGCUAGUCCUAAACAUCGGCCAACACCACCACCUAUGAUACCACUUAGAUAUGAUCGAGAUUAUUGUGAUUUAGUACCACGAGAAAGUCUAACAGAUAGUCCGCCGAGUGAAUUUAAUUUAUCGGAUGAUGAACAUGAGGAUCAUAGUGAACCACAUUUAAUAAAUUUUACUGAAAAUGCACCAUCAGAAAUAACAAAACCAUUGCCGGUUAAAUAUGGUAGUGAUAAAUAUCUUGUUGAUGCUUUUGCAAAUACAGUUCUUCAUAUUUUGGAAAUAAAAUGUGGUGAUCCUCAAUCUUAUUAUUUAAAUAAUAUAACUAAUCGUGAACUCGAUCGAACACUUCGUCAAGAUUUAUGUCCUUUAUUACGUGAAGUACUUGAAGAUGGUCUUCGACAAUAUAGUGGUUCAUUAUUUUCAAAAAAAAUUAAUUUAUGGCGUUUAAUUGAUUUUACAACACCUAAAACUGGUCGUUUUAAUGAUGCUAAAGCUAAAGCACAAUUAGGAUUAUCUUCUACAGUUGACUGGAUUGAAAAAUUUAAUGCAUUUAUUUACCAUUUACUCAAUCUUCAUGAACUUGCUGCAUGGUUAACACAUUUUUUAUCUCAUCGUUCGAUAUUUACAGCAUAUUAUGAAUCAUGGGCAUUUAUACUUGUACAUAUAGAUAAUGAUCUAUUUGAACGUAUUACAAAUCAAUUAGAAAAAUUAUCACCGUUACCAUUCCGACUUAAAUAUUCUCAUUCAUCAAAUGUUAAUCCCUCAACAAAAACAACAACAACGGCAACAACAACAACAAAUCAACGUCCUUCUUCAUUAUUACCAAAACGAUUUAAUGUUCGAGCUUGGUUACGUGAUCGUAAAACUCAAGUAAAAAUUUCACCAAAAGAACCAUCGGCUACUCCUCCUUCAUCAUCAUUAAUGAGCAAAUCACCUUCAUCUUCUACUAUUCCACCAACAAAAUCAGUAUCAACUGUAUCAACAAAACCAUCACCAACAGUACCGUCAGUACCGCCACCAGCACCACCACCAAAUGUUUCCCUACGACGUAAACUCGGCUCAAUUCCAGUACCUAAACGACAUCAAACAGUGCACUAA